AUGCCUUCUUACAUGGGGACUUAUAUGAAGAUGUCUACAUACACAUGCCACAAAGAUUUUGUAAAAAUGAGACAAGAAGGGUAUUCACAAAGUGCAUAUGACCAUUCUGUAUUUACAAAGAAGGCAGGGAUGGAUAUUGUUAUUAUACUAGUAUAUAUGGAUAAUUUGUUGAUAACAGGUAGCACACCUGAACUGAUAAAAGAUGAUAAAAGGACCUUACAUGAUCACUUCAAAAUUAAGGACUUAGGAGAUUUAAGAUACUUCAUUGGCAUUGAAGUUAUGAGGUUUGGGAAGAAUCACAAGCUCACAGCAGUAGAUUAUAAUGCUCAUGUAGGAAACAAAGUUGAUCCUGAAGUAGAAGACUUGGUUGGGUAUCAAAAAUUGAUUGGAAAAUUAAUCUAUCUUACCAUCACUAGGCCAGACAUAUGUUAUGCUAUCCAGGUACUUAGUCAGUUCACGCAAAGGCCUAAACAAUCUCAUUUGGAUGUAGCUAUAAGAGUGGUGAGAUAUUUGAAAGGAUCACCAGGCCUUGGUUUAUUUUUCCCAUCCAAUACAACAUCAGAGUUAGCUAUAUACUGUGAAUCUGAUUGGGCAAUCUGUCCUAAUACUAGAAGGUCAGUCAUAGGAUAUGUAGUGAAGUUAGUGGGUGCUCUUUUGUCCUGGAAAUCAAAAAAGCAGUAG